AUGUUGAUCUUUCUCUAAUUUCUGCACGUUUUUUCUCAGGAAAUUACCUGGACUAAUUACUCCUUUGCUUUCCCGUAAUUCAUUCCGUUAAUCGCUGAAAAAACCGUGUUUUCAAGAACAUUUGAAGAAUUUGGAUAGAUCUUAAACAUCUCAAUAGAAUACAACGGAGAAUUUGAUGAGCCUAUUUGCAAUUUCGAUUAUCAAUACAUGCUUUUUUAAAGAUAACCAGACACUUUGAUAGCUUUGGUAACAGAUCUGCAGUAAAUUGAUAUAGAUAGUUUGAAAACAGAAGAAAUUCAGUAAGGAUUUUCAGAUGAAUUAAUUUCAUUUGCAACAAUAGAUAGGAAUCUCAUUCUUUUGGAAAAAAACGGAACAAUCCAUCACUUAUACUAUAACGAUGGUCCCGCAUUGACAAAUUACACAGUCUAUUAAUUAUCAAUUAAUUAAGGAGUGAAUGAAUAUGCAUAAAUUUUGUCGGAUACCCAAUCCUUUUACUAUGUUGACAGUGACUAAUUUGUGAAGUUCAAUAUCAAUAAUGGUAGUUUGGAAGAAAUUAAAAUUCACAGUUGGAAUAAAGUCAAUGAUCAUUUUAAAAUAUUUGUGAGACAAGAGUAUGUUUACUUGAUCAAUGGUAUUUCUGGAAUGAGUAUUUAUAAAAUGCAAAAUAACAUCCUGUUGUUAGUCAAUAAAUUCAUGAUCCAAGACAUUUACUAAAGCCCUGGCUUUACUAAUCUGAAUUUGAUUGAUUACUCUAUAGACAAGGAAUUCUUAUAUCUAUUAGACCAUGAAAAUGGAGUCAAACGUUUUAACCUUACAUCUAUGCACAUAGAUAAGAACUUCUUUAUUAGUCAAAAGGGAUGUAAGGUCAUAUCCGUUUAAAAUAAUUAAAUCAUCCUAAUAUAAUAGAAUCAAUUAUUUUCAGAAAUUUAUGAAGGUAGAAUUUUCAAUGACAGUUGGGUUUUGAUAAGAAAGAAAACUGCUACUAAGUAAAUCUACAGGAAUAUCAAAUAAUUUGAUAAUUAUACUUUAUUAAUUAGCAAUCCAACAAACAAUAUGUAUCAGAAGAAUCUGAUUGAGAAUUUCAGUGAUCCUUAUCUUUAUAAUGGUGAUAACUUUUACUAAAUGGAGUUUUUGGGAUUGAUUGAAAUGGAUACAGACUUUGUGGUUGGAAUCUACAAAUAUGGUGUAGCUAUAUAUUACGUAUAGGAAAAAUCAGCCUAAAUUUCUUGUUAAGCUAGACUGAGUUAAUAAAAUAGAGUCACUAUUCGUCUGAAUAGUACUAAUUGCCUUAAUAAAAAUUAGUCAGACAUUUUUAAUUAUUGUCAAUGUAGACUUGACUAUGUGUUCGACGUUCAUGGAGUUCUGAUGUCGCCUUAUUAAGAAAAUCUCUACAUUUAUUUUUGUGUUGUAGCGUUUGCGAUAGUGGUGGCGCUCUUUGUGGCUAUAUUCUUAAUUAUUAGAAGGUAUCAAUUGAAGAAAGAGAAGAUAGAUCAUAUAAGAAAAAGUCGUAGGACUUUAUCAUAUUGA